UGGAAGUGCCUAUCUUGUAUCGGAUGGCCCAUCUACUGCGCGUCUUGCUGCUUGGCCUCACAUCGCCGGACACCUUUUCAUCGUGUCGAGCGGUGGAAACUGGAUGGGUACUGGGCCCCGGCAUGGCUGCGCGACGUCGGCGUAGUCAUCAAUCUAGGCCAUCGGGGUGGCGAGUGCCCC